GCCCCCACCGUAAAGUCAACUGCUCUUCGCCCCCUAUCCGACCUACGCCCGCCUACAGCUCGCAAUGCUCCGCCUGAUUCUCGCCUUAUCCUCCCUCUUCCUCGCCCUCACCCUCAACAAAUCGAACGUCGAGGCGCAGACUGGCGUCCUGGGAAAGUGUUGGACAAAGGCAAAUUGCACGGGAUUCCCCAGUCUCGUGGUCCACCAACCUGCCCCCUCGACACCGGUCAACUGCGGUUCCUUUACAAUGGAGAGCAACUUCGCCAUCACUGUUGACGCUUGCAGCGACGCCCAGUGCAAGAAAUGUAAGGCUCUCAACUCGAAGCAGUGCGCUGCUGGCCCAGUCAAGUGCAUCGUCGUCUAGGGUAGAUGAGCGGCGCCAGCAUAAAGUUGUCGAUCUCGGGCUCCUUCGCGACGCGCACUUCCUCUGUGAUCGUCAUGGAAAAUCACACGGGUGCAUUAUCGCCACCUCGUAUCAGGGCGAAGCAGCCGGUUGUGCGCUCUUGCGUGUCUUUCUCGUGGCGUUGCGGCUUUGAUGAUGCAAAGGUCAUCAUAAGACCGCAUCUUCAUCGUACGAUCCUCGAACAACAAACGUGGCC